GCCGCCGCCGGCCGCGCCGCCCGCCAUGGCCCGCCUGACCGAGAGCGAGGCGCGCAGGCAGCAGCACCCGCUCCUGCAGCCGCGGCCGUCGCCGGUGGGCGGUAGCGGGCCCGAGCCCCCCGGGGCGCAGCCCGACGGCAUGAAGGACCUGGACGCCAUCAAACUGUUCGUGGGCCAGAUCCCGCGCAACCUGGACGAGAAGGACCUCAAGCCGCUCUUCGAGCAGUUCGGCCGCAUCUACGAGCUCACGGUGCUCAAGGACCCCUACACGGGGAUGCACAAAGGCUGUGCCUUCCUGACCUACUGUGCCAGGGACUCUGCCAUCAAAGCUCAGACUGCCCUGCACGAGCAGAAGACCUUGCCUGGGAUGGCGCGGCCAAUCCAGGUGAAGCCUGCCGAUAGCGAGAGCCGCGGAGGUAGGGACCGGAAGCUGUUUGUGGGGAUGCUGAACAAGCAGCAGUCCGAGGAGGAUGUGCUGCGGCUGUUCCAGCCCUUCGGGGUCAUCGACGAAUGCACUGUGCUCAGGGGGCCUGAUGGCAGCAGCAAAGGCUGUGCCUUUGUGAAGUUCUCCUCCCACACGGAGGCGCAGGCGGCCAUCCACGCCCUGCACGGCAGCCAGACCAUGCCGGGAGCCUCUUCCAGCUUGGUGGUCAAGUUCGCAGACACAGACAAGGAACGCACCCUCCGGCGCAUGCAGCAGAUGGUGGGCCAGCUGGGCAUCCUGACGCCGUCCCUCGCCCUGCCCUUCAGCCCCUACAGUGCCUACGCCCAGGCUCUCAUGCAGCAGCAGACGACGGUCCUGUCCACCUCAGGCAGCUACUUGAGCCCUGGUGUGGCCUUCUCUCCCUGCCACAUCCAGCAAAUUGGCGCAGUCAGCCUUAACGGGCUGCCCGCCACGCCCAUUGCCCCUGCCUCUGGACUGCACUCACCCCCACUGCUUGGCACUGCCGCCAUGCCCGGCCUCGUGGCGCCCAUCACCAAUGGCUUCGCUGGUGUUGUGCCCUUCCCAGGAGGGCACCCUGCCCUGGAGACCGUGUAUGCCAAUGGCCUGGUGCCCUACCCAGCUCAGAGCCCCACAGUGGCCGAGACGCUCCAUCCUGCCUUCUCCGGAGUUCAGCAGUACACAGCCAUGUACCCUACCGCGGCCAUCACGCCCAUCGCGCACAGCGUCCCGCAGCCGCCGCCCCUCCUGCAGCAGCAGCAGCGAGAAGGUCCCGAAGGCUGUAACCUGUUUAUCUACCACCUCCCCCAGGAGUUUGGAGACACGGAGCUGACCCAGAUGUUCCUGCCCUUCGGCAAUAUCAUCUCCUCCAAGGUCUUUAUGGAUCGGGCUACCAACCAGAGCAAGUGUUUCGGAUUCGUGAGCUUUGACAACCCGGCCAGCGCACAGACCGCCAUCCAGGCAAUGAACGGCUUCCAGAUCGGCAUGAAAAGGCUCAAAGUACAGCUGAAGCGGCCCAAAGACCUGGGACACCCCUACUGACCGUGCCACAGCUGCCCUGAGGCUGCGGGCCUGGCCCAGGUGAGCCGCCAGGCGGCCCCACGCCCCGCCCAGCCCUGGUUUUGUCCAUACCCCACCCCUACCCCUUGCUUAUUUUCCAAACCCUUCUUGGGUUUGGUUGGGUUGGCAGGGACGGUGCUGGACAAAGACACCCCCAAUAACUGUGGUUGGGGCUGGAAAGGAGGCCGGGGUGAGGGUGGGAAGGUGGGGGAGAAGCUGGGGUUUCCCACUGCGGGUGGCUAGGCAAAUCCUUCCUGGAGAAGGUUUUAAGGGAUGAAUAGGAGUUUAUUGGAAAAGGCAGGUUUGGCCUGGGAUGGAGGGUACAUUAGGGAGGGGCUUCUUCUGUCCUGUGACUCUGUUGUCCCUACUGAAAGGCCCCUAGACCAAAGGGGAAAAUGUUAAAUGUGCACCUCAGACCCUGCCCCUUGUGUAGGACCCAGCUCACCUUGGAACCACGGCUGGAGCCUGGGGGGGUGCAGGCCCUUGAUGGCCUCCUGCCCUUGUCUUCUACUGCACCAGCCCCAGCUUCCUCUAGGGUAAUCCAUCCCCACUGGGUUGAUCCUUCUAAUAAUCAUGCAAAAAAAAAAAAAAAAAAAAAAAACCAACCCCAUGAGCACACAAAACCUACAAGUUUAUUUUCCAUCAGAACAAAGAACUUUAUCAUGUUCCUUUGGGGACCAAGUGGUAACCCCAAGAGGCCGCUGUGUAAUCAUAACCCUGACCCCCAACUCCAGGGGCACUACCUAUAAAGUGGGUUUGUGGAAAGCCUGUGGGACAGAGGGGGCUUCUCCCAGCUAAGCCCAGAAUCCGCCACUGAAAAGACUCUGGAUUAUUCAUUUUUCUUUUUUGUAAUUUUUAAAAAUCACCACGGCUGUUGUAUGAAAGAGCCUCACGAUGGCCUGGCGCACAGUAGGUACACAGUUAGUGUUGCUCAGUGUCCUGCCCUUUGAGCUGUGGGGAGGUCCCCAGCGGAGGCUGUCAACCGGUCACCAAAUCCAGGGUAGUGGGCUGCAUCCGCCCGCUUCUAAUUCCUGACCCCCUACUGUCCCCAGCUCUUGAGGAGCAGGAUUUGAACAACAAAAGAAGAAAAAGAAUGGGGGCAUGGAAGGGGCCUAAAUGACCUGCCUGGAGUUCCAGUGACAAAGUCUAGGGCCCAAGAGGCAGGCACAAGCUUAGGGCUUGAAGUCCUUUCAGAGCCUGGGGGCUCAGCCACAGAACCCUGAGAUUUUGCUUUUUUGGAAAACAUAGGGAGCCUUUGGGUCCUCAGACCCCAGCCUGGCCCGGGGCACAGAGGCUGGGGCAGUAAGGGGUCAUGUUCCUCCUAUGACCCCCCCCAUGCCCAUCCCUUCUCCCAGGUCAGGGGCUCCCUCCCCAGGAAGGGUGUCCAGUUUCCACCUGCCCAGGAUUGUCCCCUAAGUCACAGCUGUGUUCCAACACCAGCCCUGCUCCUCCCCCUUGUUCCCUAUUCACCCCAAAAAUGUGAACCACUCCUCAGAACCAAGUGGGGAGCUCCGUGGUCUGUCUGGGUAGAGGGACAAGGUCCCCUGUGUUGGGCUGAAGAAUUCAUACACUGCCACCCCCACCUUCCACUUGGGGACGUUUCUUCUUCCCUUCUCCCCCUCACCUCACAUGGUGGCUCCCCAUCCACGAAAUCACGACUUUCCCUAUAUAUAUGUGCAUAUAGAGAGAGCUAGAGACAGUAUAUAUAUAUAUAUAUUUUUGAGUAGAGAUCAUGGGGCCAAACUUUUCCGACUUCCUGACAUCCGCGAGUGGUGGCCCUGAGCCGGUCACUUGGAGGGGACAAGGCCGGCAGCACCGCGACCCUGCGGGGUGUCAGGCCAGGUCGCGCCCACAGAGACCUCCGGGACGCUCGCUGUCCGCCGCGGCCCCGGGGCCUGCCUUCUCCACGCGGCAUGAAGGCCUCCAGCGCCUCCCAGUCCUUCCGUCCCCAGCCCUCUGUCAUAGCCUUAUUCGAGUGACCAAUAGCCCUUAGCUUUCCGUUGGGGGGACAGCCGGGGUGGGGUGUCACCCCCCAGCCCUCACUGUCCCCUCCCUAGGGCAGGCAGCCGUCGUCCCUGCCGUCGAAUCACCAGCCUCCAAUUUAAGGUCUUGUAACCAAGAUUGCCAAACGUUUGGGUCCAAGACUACCCCCCAAGCCCCUUUGUGGGGAGACGGACCGUGAAGGGACCUUUCUUACCUCUGCAGAGAUUUUUCUUGUUUUGUUUUGGGUCUUUCUGAGCAGGUACAA